GAAUAAACUGGCUUCAACGGGAGAUGGGCAGAGGCUCUCGAAAGCUUUCCUCCCGCCCCCUCUGCGGUUACACAAAACGGUCAUAACAGAGGCCAGGUCUGUUCUCAAAUACCACGCGCUGGAGGAGGUAGAAGAAUACCCUGUGGGUCCUUGACUGGCUCAGGUGGCUUAGAGAAGGGCAAAACAGACGACAGAAAUCACAUGGAGAAGGAACAGACCUCUUGAGGGGAGGUAAGCACACCGCAUGGCUGGGGAGCUGUAAUAGCACAGAGAAGAGUUUCUACUUAUGAUCACUUUUUCAUAUGGGAGAAUUUCAGUCAUAUUGAAAGUACCAUUUUGACAGUAACACCCCUCUGCAGAACUUUCUUUGGGAAAUGUUGCAAGAAGUCUUGAGAUUGAGCCUGCCAGGUCGUCUGUGACAUAAGUCUGUUCUAGAUCUAGUACUUGGACAGGUCUGUUUUGACUUGCUACUGACAGAUUUUAAAAAUAUAUUAUUAGAUGCAGAUCCUGGGAACAAUACAGUUGUAUCCAUCUGUUCUUAGAGACUAGAAUACAGAACUUUGUGAGAAGGAAUAACGGAGAGGCGUCCUUAGCAACCACCUAGUUUAGGACACAGACAGGGAGAAAGAGACUGCAGAGUCUUUGACUCUUUCUAGGGCAAAUUGGUCUGAGGAAGCUGAGGAAGAAAGUCCAGGUGCACAGUGAAGACCUUCGCCAUGGCAUCUGUAUCAUUUCGAGAGCCAAUAUCUGCCACAGUAGGAAAACGGAUGAUUGUUACAGGCCCAGAUUAUAUAAAAGAUCAUCUAACUAAAGUUCAUCAGCACACUUCCUAUAUAGGAGAAAAACGCCCAGCAUUGGAAAAGAGUGGAGAUCUCAGAUAUUUAUGGAGGCCUGCCUCAAACAGAAGCUUACCAGCAAAAUAUAAACAUGAGUAUGUUGGUGAAGUUGGUUGGGGAAUACCAGAGUAUGAUUUUAUCAACCAAACAAGGCUUCAGACUGGCUUUCAGAUCAAGUGUGGAGAACUAAGUCAAGCCACUAUUGAUAAAAUAAGCCACAGAUACCAAAAUCCAUGGCAACCAAAACCUGAUAUUAUGGAUAUACAAGGAAAAUACAAUCGUGGUUUUAUUGCCUGGCAUAUGGGUAAUUAUGAGAACACCAAUGAGAGAAAUUCCAAAGGAGCUGUCCUUGUCAGGCAGAGCACAACAGUGCUGCCAAGAGCUUCCAGAUCACCUAAGCUGCCCAAGCUGCCAAUAAAGGAAGAGAAAAAGAGAGUUCAGCCUCUAAAUCGGCAUGGUGCAGCUUGCUACUAGGAAGAAAAACUGCCUGCAAAUAUAGAACAAAAGUAAGGUCAUCAUAACCCGGAAGUGCUUCUCACAUUACCCCCUGGGACAGAGGUCCUGCAAGAGUAUGCUUCAGUCUAAAGCCCAAAUAAAGA